AUGAAUGAUCAAGACAAAAUAUGUGUCAUUCUAUUCGACGAAAUGGCCCUUAAAAAACGACUGAUACUAAAUACCACUACUGACAAAAUCGAUGGAUUCCAAGACCUUGGAAACGAAGGUGGUAGAUCAGCAGACAUUGCUGAUCACGCCCUAGUGUUCAUGCUGCAAGGUGUAAGGAAAAAAUACAAACAGCCUUUAGCACAUUAUUUUGUUAAAGGAACUGUCAGUUCAGAAAGACUGUCGGUCAUAAUUAAGACAAUAAUACAAAGAGUCGUUCAACAAGGAUUCUCAGUAAUUGGUACAGUUUGCGACCAAGGACCUACCAAUAUGGGUGCUUUGAAUUUACUAAAGAGGUUGAGCGGAAUUUCCAUUGAUGCCAAUUACUUCCUUGUUGAUGGAACAAAAUUUUUUACAGUAUAUGAUAUACCCCACCUAUUUAAAUCUAUAAGGAAUAAUUUUUUGCAAGGGGGCGAAGUGUUGUGGGAUAAUAAAAAAGGCAAAUGGAAGCAUUUAAUCGAACUCGAGGAGAAAAAUAGAAACACUCUCCAUUUCAUGAAAAUUUCGAAACGAGCAGUUCUGCCCAAAUAUAAAAGCAAAAUGAAAGUUAAACUAGCAGCACAAAUAUUAAGUAAUACGGUUUCAGCCAUACUGAAACUACAGGCAGAAUCAGUUGAUGACACUGCCAAAAAUGAAUUAAUGCAGACUGCCGAAGUUAUUGAAGAUUUAGAUCAGCUCUUUGACUGUACUAAUGGUCCGGCUAGUUACAAAGACAUAAAAAAAAAUAAACGAGAAAACGUAUCAAAAAAAAGUUUUCAUCAUAACAAAUGGAGAACAUAUAAAGAAAAAUUAAAAAGUCUCAAAUUUUUGAAAGCUGGCAACAAUGUUACCUUGAAAAAUGUUAGGUGUGUUAAAGGAUACAUAAUAUCAAUUUCUUCCCUUCAGGAUAUAUGGGAUUUUGUAAACGCCAGAGGAAUGAAAUAUUUAAACCUGCGUCAACUGAACCAGGAUUCGCUGGAAAAUCUUUUUGGAUUAAUUAGGCAACACAGUCCGACAAACAGGAAUCCGACAUGCUACCAUUUUGGUUCAGCAUUAAAAUCGUCAAUUUUGACGCGCUUAAGUUCGCCAGCACUACGCGGUGCGAAUUGUGAACAAGACGACAACCGAAUAAUUUUCGAUUUCCACGAUGUCGUUUUUGGAACGAAAAAAGAAAAAGGAAAUGAACAACAAAUUCAAGAACCACACGAGCAGAUAUCCCCUGAGGACGACGUGCCUGUCCUGCAUUUGGCAGAAGAUUUGGAGGAGGAUGAAGAUUUAGUAAAUUUCGACAACCAGCCAGCGGUUUACGUCAGUGGUUUUGUGGCAAAAAAAAUAUUAAACGGCCUUACUUGCAGCAGAUGCUGCUCAGUAUUUCAAGCAGAUGAGCAAACAGGAAAGGGCGAAUACAGAUACAUAUAUUUAAGGGAGUGGGACAAAAAUGACAUUAGGCUGACCUACCCAAGCAUUGCUCUUUGCAAUCAAAUCAUGGUAUUGACGAAGGUAUUUGAAGAAAAUAUAAAAACCAUGCUGUAUGUUUCUGGUGUGACCCAAUAUUCAAAAACUAUUAUGCUUGGGUCCAUUGAUACAUCGUGGUUAUGCCCUGAGCAUUUUGCUGACUGCGCUGAGAAGUUGGCAGUAAUUUUUUCCAUGUUACUUCUACGAAAUGAAUGUCGUAGACAAAAUGACGUUUUUUCAUUGGGAGAAGAAAACACUGCUGAUGUAUUAAAAAAGGCAGAGCAAGGUGGCACAGCAAAAUAGAUUAAAAGUAGACGUGUGCGCCGCGCCGGCGCGCCGCUGCCGCCGGCCUUUUUUGUUGUUAAUUAGCUAUUCCGAGUUGGUAUUUGGAUUACAAUAUGGAUUUUUUGUAUAAUAUAUGUUACAGCUGUCAAAUAUACAUCAAUUAUUAAUUAAAUGAAACAGAAUAGCCAACUUGCAUAAACUAUUUGACACACCAAGUAAAGUAACUGAGUAAUCCUAAGUAUUCAAGAAAGAUGAGGUGGCGAUAAUUAUGAAGUAGGAUUUGUUCCUGUUAAUUGGGAAUUCACAUUACCUCACAUACGAAGGCAGAAUGCUCCAUCAUAAAAUACAAUUAACUAGGCACCAAAAACAGGGCUCAUGUAGUGGAGUCAAGCAAAAAUCUGAGAACAUUGGUGAGAUCCUGACUAAAAAAAGUCGUGUGCCAAAAAUUAAUGAUAUUUCUUAAGAAACCUGAAAGUUAAAAGGUCCGUGGAUGAAGUUUGUAAUUAUUGUAAACGUAAAUAAACGUCCUUUUGAGCAUCAGGAAACUGAACAGAGUUUUAAAUUAGUUUAAAUUGUUAUAGUAACCCCUUUUUAUUUGUA